AUGGGAAAGGGAUUCCAAAAUUUCAUGUCCAAGAAGGACUUUCAUCCUUCAGCUUGGUGGAAUUUGAAAAGAGUAAGUAGUUUUGAAUUUGUUUUUAGAUUUUUAGGGUGUCGACUUAUGGCAUGUUUAGGCAUGUUUACGCCAUAUUUAAUAAAAAUCCGACAGUCAAAUUUUUGAGUAUUUAUGUUGUCAUGUAUUAGGUUGUCCCACAAAUAAUGUCCCUCUUUGAAAAAUUUACUUCUGCGACAAAAUUUACCGUAAUAACAGCAAUCUAAUUAAUCAAAAUAAUUACCAUAUGCUUUAACACGUUGAUUACAACGUGCCAAGCAUUUUUUUAUUCCAGUAGUUUAAAAGUCCCGGCUUCUGGAGCCGAUGAAACUUUUGGAGGCCUUUUCAAGGGCGUCUUAAUUGAUUAAUUUUCUACCACGGAUGAAACGUGGUAGAUCCUUGGACAGGUGGUAGUCUGCAUAGGCUAUCUACAACGAAUAUAUCAGACGAAGAAGAGUUUCGUAUCUCGGUUAAUUCAGCUUCUGGAGGGUAAUUUUUAGAAGGUGAGGUUGCGCGUUUCCGUUAAAAAUGUUCGAACUUCUGUGGCGUACCGUGGAAGGCCGAUUGUGCAACAAGCUGUCUAUGCAAGUACAGUAGGAGGUGGUGUUUACAGUUUGGCCCGGUUCCAGGAAACAGUAAUGCAUGAAUCCCACGUUGCGCCAUCAAAAAUUGACCGUCACCGUCUUCUAGAGGAACUCAGACUUUGGGACGUGCUGUGGUGGUACCCCGGAUGACCACCUUUGAGAAAAUCUUGCCUAGGUGUCAUAGUCGAUUCACAUUUUGUCACAAGCUAUGAUACGAUCCAGAAAAGCAGGAUCUUAGGCUCGGUAAAGCAAAAAAGCGAAGCCUUCAUUCUGGGCCUUGGUCCAAUAAUAUGGGAAGAAUUCGUCGAGCUUUUUCUUGAAUUUAUCGACAUUGCACUGUUAUCCACCGAUAAUUUUGAUACCACCACAAUGCCGGAAAGGCGUCGGAUGUGGAUUCCAUGACUUCCGUCGACCAAUGACCUCAGGGUAAAUUCGCAAAGCUGGCAUGACGUGUUUUUCCUUCGGGGUUCCUGUGGCUAGGUCGAAUUUUUUUAAACGCUCGUUUCACCGUGGCCGAACAUGGCGUUGAUAUUUGGUGUAACUUCUAAAACCUUCGUACCCUGUUUUUGCUCCCACAAGUUGAUGGCACAAAUCGUCCCUUUUUCCGAAAUUUUGAAGUGGGGCUAAAUUACUGUAAUUUCAUCGAAAUAUGGCAGAUGACAUAUUAAACAAAAGCUUGAAAUCAUGGCUACAAAAUGCUAGAAUAUUACGAAAUUUGGUUGUUGCUUACGUUUUUUAUAGACCUUUGACUUGACCCCUCUCGAAGAGGGACAUUAUUUAUGGGACAACCUAAUACAAUAUAAAAAAUGUCAAAUUCUUCAGAAAUUUUGAGUCUAUUCCCUCGUUUCAGAAAUGGGAAGCCGAGCAGAAGCACAAAAUGGAGCAACAACGUCAAGAGGAGCUGAAAACUCAAUACGAAAGGGAGCAGGAGAUGCUGAACAACAAGGCUUUGUUGGGUGACGAGAAAGCGAAACUCGGCCUCAGUUUCAUGUACGAUGCUCCAGCCGGAAUGGUCAAGAAGGAAGAAGAGAAAAAGGAACCCAAGUUCGAAUGGCAACGGAAAUACAACGCGCCCAGAGAGGAGUGGGCCAAGGAUAAUGAACUGAUCCAAGAUCAGCCAUUCGGAAUUCAGGUCCGGAACGUGAGAUGUGUUCGGUGCAAAACCUGGGGACAUUUGAACACGGAUCGAGAGUGCCCGUUGUAUGGAUACAGCGGAAAUGCAGAGGAUAAAGGAUGUAAGUGAUUUUUAUUAUUUUUUUUGGUUUUGAAUUUUAGGGAGAUCAGAAAGUUGGAGUUUUUACUUGGUAAAUUGAAGCGGCAGACCAGAAUGAAGCUUUUCAAAAAUUUGGAAUAGAAUUUUUGAAGACGAAAAAAAUUCUAAAAUCGUAUUUUUAGACUCGAACAACCCGUCAGACCUGAUGAAAAUGCUCCAUGAAGACGAUAAAAAGAAGCCAGAAGAGGAAGAGUGGCACGAAGCCAAGCCGUCUACAUCAUCAUCUAAACCAACAGAAGAAAUGCAAGAAAUAAAGCCAAACAGAGCCCGAUCCGAGUCCGCAUCUGAUGAUGAGGACGAGAAACCCCAGCCAGUCACACAAAAACAACUUUUGGAGGACAUGAGAGAGGAGCACAACUUGAAAUUCAAGGCCGGCGUUCUCAAAAAUCUGACGACAGAACAGGAUAUCAUGAAAAUGGGAGAGGAUAAGAAGCUCCCGGAGAAUUUGGAUGAGUUCUUGAAGACCUUGAGUGAGAAGAAAAAGAAGAAAUUGCUCAAAAAAAUUAUGGGUGGAAAAGUGAAAAAAGAAAAAAAGGAUAAAAAGAAGAAAAAACUAAAGAAAGUGAAGAAAGAAGCAACGUCCAGCUCGGAAAGUGGGUCAGAAAGCGAUUCAGAAGAUGAAAGAAGACGUAAAAAGAAGCAUUCAAGGCGAGAAAGUGAUGAUGAAGAAAAAAGAUCGAAAAAGAAGCACUCAAAGAGGGAUUUGAAGGUGAAAGAAGAGAACUUCAGUGAUAGCGAGGAAGAAAGAAGGUAUAGAAGGAAUAGAAAUGACAGGUAAGAGUAGUUUUGAUUUUAUGGCCAAGUCCAAAAUUUGGGAAAUUUUGAUUUUUCCCAGGCCUGGUUAUAAUAUGAUGAUGAAAAAUAUAAUUAUUUUAAUAUCUCCGAAAUAACGAAUGUUUUUUUUCAGAAGAGAAAAUGGUGAUAGAAGAAGAUCCAGAUCGCUAGAAAAGAGAAGCAGCCACAGACAUUCGAGUAGAUCGCCCAGAAGAAAUGGAGAUGAUAGGUCAAGGAGAAGGUCCAGAUCGAACGAAAGAAGAGAAAAAAAUGGAAAAGAACGGCAGAUUGAAGCUUCUAGAAGGAGAAGAUCGACUUCGCACGAGAGAAAAUCAAAGGAAUCAUCGAGAAAAACGAGAGAAGACAGUAGAUCCCCAAGGAGAAGAUCGAGAAGCCCUGAAGCAAAGAGAAGAAGGCAUGACUCGGAAAGCCCGGUUAGAGCGAAGAGAAGAGAUGACACGAGAAGUCCGAGGAGGGAUUCGAGGAGAAAACGACAUGAUUCAAGCGAAGAGGAGACGAAAAUUGGACAGAGGAGAAGACAUGACUCAGAAAAAAGACGAAAUUCGACCUCAAGAAGCAGAUCACCGGUGGAAAAACGAAGAAGAAGACAUGACUCGAGCUCCGAAGAUGAUCGUCCUAGGUAAUUUUUGAUUUUGGGGCGGUUUUUGUUAAUUUUUUAAGAUUUUGGUAGUUUAAUAUCAGGAAAGUCGUUUUAUUUUUAUUACCUCUUUUGAUGGUAAUGCACUAUAUUUUUCUCGUUUUAGACAUCGAAAUGACUCCGACCAGUUGUCCAGACUGA